AUGUCUGCCGAACUUGCCGUCGUUUACGCUGCCCUCAUCCUUGAAGAUGACAACAUUGAAAUCACCGCUGACAAGCUCCAAACCCUUGUCUCUGCUGCCGGUGUUGAAGUUGAACCCAUCUGGUUCUCUCUCUACGCCAAGGCCCUCGCUGGUCAAGACCUCAAGGCUCUUCUCAUGAACGUUGGUGCUCCUGGUGCUGGUCCCGCUGUUGCUGGUGGUGCCGCCGCUGGUGGUGCUGCUGAUGCCGCUCCUGCUGAAGAAGAAAAGAAGGAAGAAGAGAAGGAAGAAUCUGAUGACGAUAUGGGCUUCGGUCUCUUCGAUUAA